AUUCUGUUCCUGGUUCCCACAAAGAAAACAGAGACCUCUGCACCAGAACUUCCUUCAACCUGCAUGAACCCACACCUCGCCACCAACUCAACCCAAUUCAGUAGUUCUAGCUAACAAACCCAAUCUCCUCCGGCAAGACGCACCACAAACCGUUUUCAGCAGCAGCAGCACCCACCAGGACUCUAAACUUAUGGACAGCUUACGCCAGGAGAAAAUUCAAAAAUUCGAAGAAUUUGUUGAUAAACGCUUGAAACCUGAUCUUCUUCAUGCUACUGCUCAGCGGGACAAGGUCUUUGAACAACAGAAAAUUUUUGCUGAUUUGCGAAGAAACAUUGAAAACCUAGAGAAGAAUAGUGUAACCAGUCUAAGAACUUUGGUCAAUCUUGGGUCUGAGGUAUACCUGCAGGCAGAAGUGCCUGAUACACAACGCAUAUUUGUAGAUAUAGGAUUGGGAUUCCAUGUGGAGUUUACUUGGUCUGAAGCUUUGAACUACAUAGAAAAAAGGGAGGAAAAGAUAGCCCGGCAGAUAGAGGAGUACACUCAGUUAAUUGCAUCAAUUAAAGCCCAAAUUAAGCUGGUUAUCGAAGGGAUUCGAGAAUUACUUCAACUUCCAGCUGAGAAAUCCUUGCCAGAACGGAUAUUUUGAUGUUUAUUGAGUAUAUAUACCAAAUUGCCCGUGUUUGUCUUUUCGUCACAAAUGCAAAGAAGAAAUGCAAGUAUGUGAAGCAGGACAUAAAUUGAUAUUUAUCCAGUAUGAAAGAUUGCAUCUUUUUCUGACCUUAAAAGUUGUCUUUCUAAUAAACUUUUGUGCAAUUUUUUGAGUCGGUCAUGUCACUUGUAAUGAAUAUGCAAUUUGCAAGGAUUUUAUUGACAAUUUUAACAGUAACAUUAACAAGGCUCCCUAGUCCUUGCAUCUAUGAUUCUCUUAAGUUGAAAUUUUAAGCAUAA